CAGCAGCCGAUGCAGCUGCAGCAGCAGCUGCAGGUGCACAAGCAGCAGCAGCCGCAGCUGUCGGAAGCUCAGCCGCACGUGCCGGCCAGCCUGGCCGCCAAACAGUUCCUCGAGCACAGCGUCGAGGCCUGGAUAAACCCCAGAAUAUACGCCAAGGUGGACGCAGAGGCGGUGCGUUCUCUGGGCGACUACCGGCGCGCCCCUGGCGGCGGCAGGCCGCACCACCACGGACAACAGCCGGCCACCGCCGCCUCCACCAACGGCGCCAGGCACGCCACCGCCAACGGCAACAACAACACGGCCAACAAUAACAACAAUAACAACAACCGGCGCCAGCACCACGACAACGUGCAGAUGGUGGCUGCCGACGAGGAGCAGUCGUCGCGCGGGCAGAGGAGGCGGCCGUCGCUGGAGGCGUCGGGUGGUGCCAGCGUGUACACGUGCAACUCCUCGCAGGCGUCCGCCGCGGCGGCCUUCUUCGCCAGGGCGGCGCAGCGGCUGUCGCAUUCGCGCUACUCGCACCACCACGGCCACCACCACCAGCAACAGCAGCACCAGCUGCAGCAGCAGCUACAGCAGUUCCAUCAGCAGCAGCUGCAGCAGCAGCAGCAACAACAACAACAGCAACAGCAGCAGACGGCGGCCACCAGCUUCUACGAGGCGCUCCGACGGUCCCCACCACCACUUCCAGCCGCGCUACUGCGCAGGCUCGGGGCCAAAGAGGCCCCAGCUGUCGGGAAGGUGAAGGUGCUGCUGCGGGUGCGAGGCGCGACAGUGGACGCGGCGGAGCCUGGGGGCGGCGUGGGAGGAGGCGGCGAGGCGGCCAGCGGGCAGGAGGGGUCCGCGUCUGCGUCCAUCCUGGCGGUGGACCGGCGCAAGAAGCAGGUGGCGCUGCACAACCCGGGCGCGACCGCGCUCGCCGGGGGCGUCACGCCAGGGGGGCAGCAGCCGCCGGACGACCGACGGCCCGGCGUCUCGGCGCCCAAGAUGUUCGCCUUCGACGGCAUCUACUGCGACGAUGACAGCCAGAGCGAGGUGUGCUCCUGCGCCCUGACGGACGUGCUGCACGCUGUCAUCAGCGGCUCGGAUGGCUGCGUCUUCUGCUUCGGGCAUUCCGGACUCGGCAAGUCGCGCACGAUGGUGGGCAGCCCGGAGGACGCGCCCUCGCUGGGCGUCAUCCCCUGCGCCAUCUCGUGGCUGUUCCGCGCCAUCGCCGAGCAGAAGCAGCGAAGCGGCGCCCGGUUCUCCGUACGGGUGUCGGCCCUGCAGCUGCACGACGACCGCGUCGCCGACCUGCUCGCCUCGCACGACACCUCGGACGUGGACCAGGCCCCCGGCGUGCUCCUUAGCGACGACCCAGAGACCAGCGAGCUGCGGGUUCCCAGUGCAGAGCGCGCCGCCUUCUACCUGGACGAGGCGCUGGCCGAGCGCACGCCGGGCGCCCUCAUGCUGUUCCGUCUGCACCUCUACCAGUACCGCGUCGCAUCCAGGGGUCAAGCAGUGGUCGGAGGUCGCAGCAGGCUCCACCUGAUCGACGUGGGCGGCGGUGACCGAUCCAAGGCGGGCGCCGGGCUGUCGGGUUUCGGCAACAUCCUGCUCGCCAUCCUCAACAGGCAGAAGCAUCUACCUCUCAGGGAGCACCGGCUGACGCAGCUGCUGCGCGAGUGCCUGGGGUCGCUGACGUGCCACGCGGCCAUGUUGGUGCACGUGUCUGCCCGUGCACACCACUACAGCGACACGCUGGCCACGCUGCAGCUGGCGGCGCGCAUUCACCGGCUGCGCCACCGCGCCAACAAGUACGGCGGCCCGCGGUCGGGCAUCUCGUGGGAGGUGUCUGCGCGCCUGCAGGAGCGCGUGGCGGGCCACUCGACGGGCAGCAGCGAGCUGGAGCCGUCGAGCAGCGAGCAGUCGGCCGACACCGUCAUCUACCUGGGCAGCAGCAGCGGCUGCGCGGCCGACGACAGCGCCACGGACGGCGAGCACCCGCCGCUCUACCGCACCGCAGCCGCAGGCGCGAGGUCUUCCCCGACGAGAACUGCAAAGGCGGCGGCGGUGAACGGGCAGGGCAGCUUGUCGCCGCCACCAGCAGAUGGCUCUGCCGCCAAGGGCAGCCCGCAGCACCAGGCCAAGGGGUCGCCUACCCGCGCCGUACACCACCAGCGGCCGGCCAGGGGCGCCGCCGAGGACUCUCGCAGCCCGCCACAGGCGGCAGACGCGAGCCCGCAGCACAGAGCGCCGCCGCUGCAGCAGCAGCUGCGCGCGCAGCGCCUCGCCGGCGCCUUCCCCGCGGGCUUCCUCAAGGCGGCCGCGGCGGCCGCAGCUGCGGCAGCCGCAGCGGCGCACGACGAGCGCUGGAUCGACGGCCCGCGCGUCUCCAGGAGCAGGGUCGCCAGCGACGCCAAGUUCAUCGCCGGCAAGAGGGAGACCUGGAUCGACGGACCGCUCAAGGUGGAGGACGUGACGCAGCCGCAGCCGCAGGUGCUGAUGAACGGCUACAAGAGCCACGGCGGCGGCGCCCCGGCGACCUACGGCUACAUGGACACGCACAAGCAGAGCAUGAUCAAGCGCUGGGUGGAGAACCAGACGCUGCAGGCGCAGCGCCAGCUGCUGCUGCAGCAGCGGCCUCCGGCCACGGGCGCCGGCGCCGACGAGGACACGGGAGCCGAGGCCGACGACGACGCGGCCACGCUGACGAGCACCAGCUUCGUCAGCGACGAGGGCAGCGAGCCGCCGCCGCCGGCGCCCGCCGCCGAGCACCUGUUCAGCGCGCUCGUCUCCGGCCUCGCCACCGCCGGCGGCAAGGCCGCCGUCCUGCUUGACGAAGAGGAACUCAAGAUCGACUGCAGGGAGGUCGAGGGCAUGGAGGAGACCAGCACCGAGGACGACUGCCGUAACCUCUAUAACGACUCGCUGAACAAAGAGUUGUCGCUGGACAUUCGGCUCCAUUCCCUGCAUGAAGCUGAACACCAAAUGGAGCUGAUAACAAGUGAUCAGGACGAAGAGGUGAUUGAAGUUGAAGAACCAGCAGAGCCUGUGGAGACGCAAGAUUCUUGUUUACAGGUGACGGAAGACGACAUAGCGUACUGUUUGGCGAGGCCCUUCUGUUCGCCUGUGGGAGAAGAGCGGGAAUGCGCUGAGGACCAUCCGCUUCGGAUUCUCAGUGAAGAGAACCUGACUGUGGUGUCAACAUUUACUGACUCGCUGUCGAUUACGACGGAUUUGGAGGCGCAGCGCUUCUGCACGAGUGGCACUGCCUACCAACCGAGCGCGGCGUCUCUGGCGGACUUCCGGACGGAGUCGUCCUCGGUUUUCCGCGGCCAUCUGUUGUACCGCCAGCAGCAGCAGCAGCAGAACCAGCAGCAGCACAGCGGGGGCGGCUCGCCCGCGGACUCGGACGACGAGCGGACGCUGCGCAGGCACCCACUGCCACCGACCGCCGCCGCCGCCGCCGCCGCCGCCUCCGCAGCCCCCGCCGCCGCCUCCUCCACCCCCACGGCGCGGGCGCCCGCGGGGGCGGCGGGUUCUGCGGCGCGCCGGGCGCCCGCCGGGUUCGCGUCUCCGCAGCUGAGCCGGCGGUUGCGACCCACGCCGCGCUGCCGCUCGCUGACAGAUGUCCCCAGCGCGGGCUCCACCGUCUUUGAGGCGCAGCGCAGCAUGCGGCGGUCGGCGAGUCCCCAGCCGUCUCCAGGGCGGCGGCUCCUGCACAGGACCCUGUUGCUGCGAAUGGGCUGCAGCGGAGCUGGCGAAGGCUACGGGGGCGGCAGCGGCUGCGGGGGCGGCAGCGACCUGGCGGCGCUGCGACUCCCGGACGGCGCGUCCAACCCCAACAUCUGCAGGGAGCCGGGAAACGGCGCCUCCGGCUCCGACACGGAGGAGGAGGCGGCAGCGGGGGCGGCGGGGGCGGCCACGCCGGAGGCGGGGGUGGGGGCGGGGGCGGCGGAGAGCGCUCUGACGCUGCACAAGGCGCCCUCCGAGGACGUGGCCUGCUGCAAGGAUAGCUCCGGCUACGGCAGCCUCCCCACCGACGGCUACAGCUCCGCGUCCACACGGCUCUCGGACCUCGAGCUGCGAGCCACCUCGCGCACAGGGUCGUCCGCGGAGGUGCUGCAGUACUGCCGCGAGGACGUGGCGCGGCUGGAGCGCCGCUGGACGGAGGUGCGGGCCGCGCGCGUGCGCCAGCUGCGGUGCGAGCAGGCCAGGCUAUGCCGCGAGCUGGCUGCCGCCAAGGAGAGGCUGCUGCUGCCGCCGCACCGCUGGCGCUACGAGCUUCACGUGGAGGCAAGCAUGGACCAACGUGACCCAGCAUUCGUAGAAGCUCUGGAGAGGGAAACAGACAUCCUUCGCAAACGUGUUGAUGCCUGCAAGUCACGCGUGAUGUUUGUCACCUGUUUUGACUGUGUGCCACGUACAUCAGCUUCAGAUGACUCGAGCAGUUCAUGAAACGAACACUCAUCCCAAUGGCUGGAUGGACAUCAGACUGUGUUAGACUCUUCAGUGAUUACUGCAAGUGUUUGUUUACAAAAAGACAAUGUAGGCAGUGUUUGAUGAACCAUGACCGAAUGCAUUACUGAGCUGUCCAUAUAUGCAGAGAUAUUUCACAUGCCUGGUUGUCUCCUUUUAAACUUUGCCCAUUUUUCACAAGACUCUUAAUAGUUCAAAAAUGUAAAAAGGGUAAUAUAGUGCUUCCUGUGGCAGCACCAUUCAGAAUCUUCAGUUUUGAUAGCCGACUCAUAAGUACUUCACCAAAUGUCAAAAUCCUCUACAAUAAUCAAAAUCAUUCUCAGCUGCAGUGACUUUCGUUUUUUCUUUGUGAAGAAUUUAUACUCUCAUCUCAUCCACAAAUGCAACCAGGGGAAUAGUUUCAUAAAUUACUGAGCAUUAUUUUCAAUGAGGCAGUGUCUCUAAAAUCUAGAAUGUUGACAAAGGUUCACCAAAAACACUUCAGUGCCACUGCUGAUUUUCUUACACUCCAAAGUCCUACCUUGAAAAUGGAGGGCUUCAACAGCUCUCAACCAACUUUGUGGGCACCUCACAUUGACAAGUUUUAGCAUGUGAAGGCUACAAUAGUUGA